AUGACCGUCUUAUUCAAACGUAUCCGCUCCACGUACCUCGGAAUAUUAUUUGUGUUCACGGCUGCAGUCCUAGGACUCUCUGCGUACUUUGCGCACAUAUAUCUUCCGGAUGAGAAGCACGGAGGCUUUGUGAUAUACGCCAUAGUCAUACCGGCUUUGACGAUAGUGUUUGGUCUGAUUCAAAUGUUUUGGGCGCAACCUCGCACAGAGGUCGUGUUUCUGUUCGUGGCGGGGAUACUCUGGUUAACCCAGGCCGCAUGGGCAACUGACCAGUCCACGAAUGCAGAGUGCUUUGCGCUAGGCAACUCGCAAACUCAAACACAACACGGGCUUGUGUCGUCCAGAUCAAUAUGCUAUGAAACUAAGGUUGUUGAAGCCUUCUCCUGGACGAUCUUCCUGACGCUCGCAAUAGCGUUCGUCUUGACUAUCACUCUCGCCUCACAAUCCAAGGUCCUCGGUCAUCCCGACAUCUGGUCAGAGCCCAUCGACAACUUGCCAUGGUUUGGCGAACUGCCUGGUUACCCAGGGCAACGCUGGUUCGGAAGCGACUUUCACCGCUUUCACCAUCGGUUUGGUUAUGGCGGAUCCGCUCCGGUGCCCAUGGCGCAACCCGGCGGCGCCAUUGUUAACAUUGGAGGUCAAUCAUAUCAUCAGCAAGCUGGCCACUCGCUCAUCAUCAGACCGGACCCCAACGGCGGUCCUCCUCAGGUCGAACAGGUUCCAGGCUAUUACCAGGCGGCAUAA